UUUCCCCCUAAAGCUGCUGCCCUAGGCAUGGGUCCACAGGUGCCUAUAUAUAAAUACAGGCCAGCCCAAUAACAAAAUUCUUAAUUCAGUAAUUUAUAAAAAUACAUCAGUAAAUUAAAUGAAUUCUUAUCUAUGAUAAUUGAUAAUAAUUUAAUUUCAAUUUAUUAAAGUAGGGUAUAUACUAAGUGCAAUUAACGUUUUGAAAUGGGUCUCUAUAGGGUGAAUAGAGAACCAGCCUCCAGCAUGGAACAGAAUCUAAUUGCAAAUGCUGCUUGUGCCAUAGGAGUAUUCUAGUAUUGUAGUGUGCUGUUACAUGUAUUACAUGUGUGCUAUUAGAACAGCUACAUUGUAGCAAUUAUGGCUCUUCUUUUAGGUCCACCAGGCUAGCCAACCCCAUUCACGACAUCAACAACAACAACAAGCUAAAGAAUAUGUUAAAAUUACCCUGCUUGGAUCUCCAGCAGUGAAUGGGUCAAAAUGAGUCCUCAGAGCUUGUUGUGAAAUGGAUGGGAAUAGAACUGGCCCUGUAGAUACAGCUGAACACAUCAAAGGGAAAGAACUGGUGGAUUAUAUCUGUCAGUAUCUGAGCACUGUAAGAGAGAGGCGAGUCAAUCCGGAUGUACAGCCAGGCUAUAUGCGAGCUCUGCUGCCAGACAGUGCUCCAGUGGAAUCUGAAAGCUGGGAGAGAAUCUUCAGGGAUAUUGAAGACAUCAUAAUGCCAGGGGUGGUACAUUGGCAGAGUCCUCACAUGCAUGCUUACUUUCCUGCCCUGACAUCUUGGCCUUCCCUGCUAGGAGACAUGCUUGCUGAUGCAAUAAACUGCUUAGGAUUUACAUGGGCUUCCAGUCCAGCUUGCACUGAGCUGGAAAUGAAUGUGAUGGACUGGUUGGCUAAAAUGCUGGGUCUCCCUUGCCAUUUUCUCCAUCAUUAUCCAAGCAGCAAAGGAGGCGGUGUACUGCAGAGUACAGUGAGUGAAUCAACCUUGAUAGCUUUGCUGGCUGCAAGGAAGAACAAGAUUCUGGAAAUGAAAACCUCUGAACCAGAUUCAGAUGACUCCCAGCUGAAUUCCAGACUUAUUGCAUAUGCUUCCAACCAGGCUCAUUCAUCCGUGGAAAAGGCAGGUUUGAUUUCUCUAGUAAAAGUUCGAUUUUUGCCAGUGGAUGAAAAUUUCUGUCUUCGUGGUGACACCCUGAAAGCUGCAGUGGAAGAAGACAGAAAAAAUGGGCUUGUCCCUGUCUUUGUAUGUGCCACGUUGGGUACAACUGGUGUCUGUGCAUUUGACUAUUUGGCAGAACUGGGACCAGUUUGUGCCAGAGAAAAGCUGUGGCUGCACAUUGAUGCGGCGUAUGCAGGUACAGCCUUCUUGUGCCCGGAGUUCAGGACAUUGAUGAAUGGAGUAGACUAUGCUGAUUCAUUUACAUUCAAUCCAUCCAAGUGGAUGAUGGUUCAUUUUGACUGCACUGCUUUUUGGGUGAAAGAUAAAUACAAAUUACAGCAAACUUUCAGCGUCAACCCUAUUUACCUCAGGCAUGCAAACACAGGGGCUGCUACUGACUUCAUGCAUUGGCAGAUUCCCCUGAGCCGCCGCUUUCGCUCGUUAAAGCUCUGGUUUGUCAUUAGGUCGUUUGGAGUAAAAAAUCUGCAGGCGCACAUCAGGCAUGGGGCAGAGCUAGCCAAAUAUUUUGAGUCAUUGGUGACUAGUGACCAGAUGUUUGAAGUACCUGCAAAACGGCACCUUGGACUAGUUGUUUUCCGAUUAAAGGGUCCAAAUGUUUUGACAGAGGAAGUCUUGGCAGAGCUUACCAAGUCUGGAAAAAUGUACCUUGUACCAGCCACUAUCAAUGAUGAGCUUAUUAUACGUUUCACCGUCACCUCUCAGUUCACAACCAGGGAUGAUAUUUUGAGGGAUUGGAACCUGAUACGGCAGAGUGCCAUCAAUAUCACUAACCUGCACCAUGGACCUGUUAUCUCUAGCAACCCUACCACUAGUGACAACAAAAAUACACUGAAUAUAGGCAACACCAAAUGUGAUCAGGAAAAUGUAUUCCAGAAGGUCACUGUCCAACCAAAACAUGAGGUCUUUAAACCUAAAGACUGGGUAGAAUCAAUCUCUGAAGAUGACCUAGAUCCCUUUGAUGACUGCUUCUCAGAAAAUGAGCUGGUAGUUGGCAAACAUAGGAGGGCAUCUUUCCUGUACAAGUAUUGCUCUGUGCAAGAAAAGAAAACAGCCCGCUCCCUUAGCUGCAACAGUGUUCCAAUGCAUAAUGCUGAAAAGCUUGUGCCACGAGGGGAACAUCAGAAAGAUGACAGCAUUGUUUCCAACAUCCCAGGAAAGGUGAUGAUUCUAGAAAAGAAUGCCUUUAGAAAGUUAAUUAAGUUCUACAGUGUACCAAGUUUUCCGGAAUUCCGAAUUCAAUGUGGCCUUCAGUUUCCUUGCUGUCCCUUACAGGCAUUUGUUUAAGAAAUAAUAAUAACUUUAAUAAACUCAGUCUAAAUGUACUGCAGAGCUGAUUGUUGAUUUUAAGGAUAGAUUUUAGAAGGCUCGCUAAUUUAAAGGGCCAGUACCAUCAAAAUAAGGGCUUUCUAUACAUUCAAAUAUAAUCUAUUGUCAUUUAGAAUAUACUAUAUCAAACUUUAAAAAAUAACUAUUUUUUCAUACAGUUCUUUUUAUCCUGAAGUGCCCUAUGGGUUUGGUCUUUGCUGGUUUACACAAACAAAAUAUUUUUAAAUUCUUACAAAAAGCACAGAAAACACCAAAUGUGCCUCUUAGGUUAGAUAGAUAUUUUUUGGGCUGUACAGAAAUUAUACAUUAUAUUUGAAUUUAUAUGACUCUUCAUUUUGUUUGAUAUUGGCCCUAAGCUUGCAAUACUCCAAUCUCAGAAACACAGCUCCCCAAUAUAUUUGGCAUUUACUUGCACAUUUUGGGGGAUCAAUGAUUUCAUAUGCAAUCUGCUUUUUUAUUGUGCGUUGGCAUAUAAGAUUCAAUAAAAGUAAAUAUAUAUAUGUAUGUAUAUCCA